CGGAAGUGGAGCGGAGCAGCUGAUCAGUAACUUCCGGCUGAGUUCCUCUCAGUAAGUGGGUGAAAGGUGGGAGCAGACGUCAGGUUGUGACUCUUCAGCUGAAACUUGUGAGCGGCUCAGAAGCAGAACAGAAACCCAGCGAUGCUGCAGAACACGGGGAAGUUAGCGGGCUGCACGCUCUUCAUCACCGGCGCGAGCCGAGGGAUCGGGAAAGCCAUCGCCCUGAAAGCCGCCAGGGACGGCGCCAACAUCGUCAUCGCCGCCAAGACUGCCGAGCCCCAUCCCAAACUACCGGGAACCAUCUACACCGCCGCUCAGGAGGUGGAGGCGGCGGGAGGGAAGGCGUUGGCCUGCGUGGUGGACAUCCGUGACGAGCAGCAGAUCGGAGACGCUGUUCAGAAAGCUGUCGACAAGUUUGGAGGAAUCGACAUCCUGGUGAACAACGCCAGCGCCAUCAGUCUGACGGGAACUCUGGAGACGCCCAUGAAGAAGGUGGAUCUGAUGCUGGGAAUCAACCUGAGAGGGACUUACCUGACGUCUAAGCUGGUCAUCCCUCACCUGCUGAAGAGUCACAGUCCUCACAUCCUGAACCUGGCGCCUCCGCUCAAUCUCAACCCCGUCUGGUUCAAGAACCACACAGCGUACACGAUGGCGAAGUACGGCAUGUCCAUGUGCGUCCUGGGAAUGGCCGAAGAGUUCAGGGGUCAAAUCGCUGUCAACGCCCUCUGGCCUCGAACCGCGAUCCAGACAGCAGCCAUGGAGAUGUUGGGCGGCGACGGUGUCAGUAAACAGUGUCGUACAGCUGACAUCAUGGCAGACGCCGCCUACGCCAUCCUGUCCCGGCCGAAGGACUACACGGGUCACUUCCUGGUGGACGAGGACGUCCUGAAGGAGCAGGGAGUCAAAGACUUUGACCAUUACGCCGUCCAGCCAGGUCACCCCCUGCUACCGGACUUCUUCCUCGACGACGCACCUGAGGCGCUGGCCGAACAGAUGGAGCAACACGGGGCGACCCCAGCCUUCAAGCCGCCAUCCUCGGCCACGCCUCCCUCCAGUGGACAAAUAGAAAAGACGUUUGAUGUCAUCAGAGCGGUCAUUAACGAAGACGUCGUCAAGUCGACGCAGGGCAUCUACCAGUUUGACCUAUCAGGAGAACACGGCGGCGUUUGGUUUCUGGACCUGAAGAGCGGCUCUGGCAGCGCCGGGCAGGGCCAGCCGCCCGUCAAGGCCGACGUCGUCAUGACGAUGGACUCCAGCGACUUCAGCAAGAUGUUCGCAGGGAAGCUGAAGCCCACGAUGGCCUUCAUGUCGGGGAAGCUGCGGAUCAAAGGCGACAUGACGCUCGCCAUCAAGCUGGAGAAACUGAUGGGCCGCAUGAGCAAGGCCAAGCUGUGAAACCGCCGCCACGCUGCGACGCCGCCAUGAUGGACUGUAGCUGUACAUGAUGCCUUAACAUAAUAAUUAUGAGACGUCCCGACACUAAUAAAAUCUGCCUUGAUAAUAAA